ACAAAGGAAGAGAUUUUUGUUCCAGCAAUAUAUGUCAGAGUGGUAAUUCAUGAUUAAAAUGUUCACUGGUAUGUGAUUACAUUACUGCAUGUUGCUGAGGGGGAGAUUCCACUCGUGGUAGCUAAAGGAGAGGAGAUAGCACGUUAUAAAGGACUUGAUCCGACAGAGCGUUUACUAAUGUUAAAAGCACUCUGUGAACUCCGAGCCGAUCAAGAUGAUGCAGUGGCUUAUAUUAAUGAUGCUCUGAAACAAGGAACUGAAAUUUCUUCAUUCCGCAAAGAUAAGAUAGGAGGAGACGAAAAGAGGACUUCUUAUUGGUAUGAUGGAAAUACAAUAAUAGGUCAUAGAUUAUACAAGGAAGUAACUGUCAUUGAGUCGAAGACAAAAGUUAGGGGAAAAGGGUGUUUGAACCUACCAAAUAUCAGUUUCCAGUGGGAAACACUAGCAACCAAUCUCGAGGAAUUUAAGAAAGUUAUGGAUGAACUCUCAUCAAGCAAAGUUGCAGGAGAAUGUGAUGCUGCUAAUACUAUUGAAACUGAUGCUAUUCCUGCUCUUGAGAAACUUCAGAAGUUACAAGACGGCUGCCACUCAACAGCGAAAGUAAAGGCUGUUGUUGAUGCGAAAGUAAAGGUUGUUGUUGAUGCAACUUCUGCUGGCAUCUUCAUUGUCAUCAUAAAGUGUGUUCUUCAAGACUUGGUUGGUUUCAACAUUUUACUAAAUUUUGUUAGAAAACUAGCUAGUUCUGUUGAUGUAAUGACUUUGUUGGAUAUAUGGAUGAAUGUAUCGGAUUUUAACAUAAAUGAAUGUGUUUUGGAUGUGAUGUCAUUUUGA